AUAGGGGAGGGGAGUCUUCUGUUGCUAGGCGACCAGAGGAGACCCCGUUACCUAGAAACAGGGGAGGAGGAUUUCUCUAUUGCUAAGUAACCAGAGAGGCUUGUUACCUAGUUGGGGAGAGGGUCCUCUGUUGCUAGGUAACCAGAGAGGGAGUCUGUUACCUAGAGACAGAGGAGGGGGGGUUGCUAGGUGACCACCAUAGGGACCACUUAGGGAUGGGGGGGUUCUCUGUUGCUAGGUGAGGAGAGCCUUUUCACUAGCAGUAGGGGAUGUAGGUACCCCACAGCCAGGAGAGCGCCUGGGGAGCAGGCUCAGUGACCCAGUGUCCCCUUAGGCUGCCCUGAGCCCCCACCUCAAUGGCAGUGCCCCCAGGGCCUGCUGGCAGGUUGGGCUUCCAGAUCCCAAGCCGAGUACCUUUUUCCGUCGCCCCCAAGCAGGAGCCGAGCACGGCAUGUCCCAGGCCCCAGGAGCACAGCCGAACGCGCCUUCUGUUUAUCACGAACGGCAACGCCUGGAGCUGUGUGCCGUCCACGCCCUCAACAACGUCCUGCAGCAGCAGCUCUUUAGCCAGGAGGCUGCCGAUGAGAUCUGCAAGAGGCCUCUGUCCCAGCUGGCCCUGCCCCAGGUGCUGGGACUGAUCCUGAACCUGCCAUCACCCAUGUCUCUGGGGCUGCUGUCCCUGCCCCUGCGUCGGCGGCACUGGGUGGCCCUCCGCCAGGUGGACGGCGUCUACUACAACCUGGACUCCAAGCUGCGGGCGCCCGAGGUCCUGGGGGACGAGGACGGUGUCAGGGCCUUCCUGGCGGCCGCGCUGGCUCAGGGCCUGUGCGAGGUGCUGCUGGUCGUGACCAAGGAGGUGGAGGAAAAGGGUUGCUGGCUUCAGACAGACUGACCCCGCAGAGGAGGGAACCAGGCCGCCCAGGCGGUCCCUGUGCGUCCACGGCUGGCCCCUGAGUGCCAGGGAAGGACUAGGCCCCGCUCCUCCUGGACCCCGUGGAGGCCCCAACCCCUUUCCCAUACCCCUGCUCAAUGCCGCUGCUGCCUCAAUAAAUCUGCUCGUUUGCUCCCA